CGUUGAUCGGAAAUGUUCUUUGAUAGUAGUUUCCGUCUUCCAAGUUCUGUCAGCCAUUGUUCAUCUGCUUGCCGGGUUGGAAAAGAACUUCUAACAAGAGUUGACAUCGAUUUAAUAGUCGAAAGGAUAAUUGUACGUUGCAUAUAGAAAACCGUUGCUUUCUAGAAGAUUAGAAAUGUAUACCACAGGCUAUAGCAAUCAAACAAGUUAUAGGUCAAGGGGUGGUACUAGAGAUUUCAGUAAUCGAAAUGUUGGGACAACAGCAUAUUGGAAUGGUCAACAACAACCUCAGAAAGAAUUUAAUGCUAAGAAACAAAACCCAAAUCAAAAGAAAAUACCAGGAGAUUUAUUAAAAAAGCCUAACUGGGAUUUAGCUGCUCUUCCAGUAAUAACAAAAAACUUGUAUAUUCCACAUGUUAAUAUUUUAAAACGAACAUCAGAAGAAAUCAGCAAAUAUCAUUCUGGCAAAGAGAUCACUGUUAAAGGAAAUAAUACUCCGCCUCCAAUUCAAGCUUUUGAAGAAAGCAAUUUCCCAGAUUAUGUAAUGGAAGAAAUAAAGAAGCAAGGAUUUGCUGAACCUACUGCUAUACAAGCCCAAGGAUGGCCAAUUGCAUUAAGUGGGCGUGACAUGGUUGGAAUUGCACAAACUGGCUCAGGCAAAACUUUAGCGUAUAUCCUUCCUGCAACUGUACAUAUUAACAAUCAACCUCGAUUAAGUCGAGGUGAUGGUCCAAUCGUUUUAGUUCUUGCUCCAACUCGAGAAUUAGCACAACAAAUACAAUCAGUAGCUAAAGAUUUCGGUUCUUCAUCAUGUAUUCGAAAUACGUGCAUUUUCGGAGGUUCUCCAAAAGGGCCACAAGCAAGAGAUCUUGAAAGAGGAGUUGAAAUUUGUAUUGCUACACCAGGCAGGCUUAUUGACUUUCUGGAAAAAGGAACAACAAACUUGCGAAGGUGCACAUAUCUUGUUCUUGAUGAGGCUGACAGAAUGUUAGAUAUGGGAUUUGAACCACAAAUUAGAAAGAUUAUCGAACAAAUCAGACCAGAUCGUCAAGUUCUAAUGUGGUCGGCAACAUGGCCCAAAGAAGUACAAGCUCUUGCAGAAGAUUUUCUUACCGAUUAUAUUCAAAUCAAUAUUGGUUCGUUGACUUUGGCUGCAAACCAUAAUAUUCGUCAGAUAAUUGAAAUUUGUCAGGAACAUGAAAAAGAAUCCAAACUGUCCAAUUUAUUGAGAGAAAUCAGUGGUGAGCGUGGAAGUAAAGUAAUUAUUUUUGUUGAAACUAAAAAGAAAGUAGAUGAUAUUACAAAGUCCAUUAAGCGAGAAGGUUGGUCAGCUAUCUCUAUUCACGGUGACAAAUCACAACCCGAACGAGAUUAUGUAUUAUCUGAAUUUAGAAAUGGAAAAACUAUGAUCUUAGUUGCAACAGAUGUAGCUGCACGUGGCCUGGAUGUAGAAGAUGUCAAAUAUGUUAUUAAUUUCGAUUAUCCAAAUAGUUCGGAGGAUUAUAUUCAUAGAAUAGGUCGUACUGGACGAUGCCAAAGUGCGGGAACAGCUUAUGCUUAUUUCACUUCGAAUAAUGCGAGACAAGCUAAAGAAUUAAUAUCUGUUUUGGAAGAAGCUGGUCAGGUAAUAAACCCUCAAUUAGCAGAUAUGGCUAAUUCUAUAAGAAAUCAAUUUGGAAAGGGUCGACAGCGUUGGAGUUACGGUCGCUUUACAAAGGAUAAUAAUUCAGGAGGAAGUCCUAGAAAUAACACUAGCCCUACCAUUAAUAGUUGGCAAAAUCAUCAGAGUCAAACCAAUCAACACCAGAUUGUUAGAAAUCCACAGAGAAUCAACAUACACCAACAGCAAAAUGAUUAUCAAAACACUCGUCAAAACUCCUACCAGCAAUCUGCAUACCAAUUACAGCCACAGCCACAGCAACAUCAACCACAACAACAUCAGCAGCAACAGCAGCCCGUGCAUAAUCAGCAUCAACAACAGCAACAACAACAACAACAACAACAACAACAGCAGCAGCAUCAACAACAGCAACAACAACAACAACAACAACAACAACAGCAGCAGCAUCAACAACAGCAACAACAACAACAACAACCACAACAACGUCAACCAAAUAAUAAUUUUCAUCAAAGCGGAUAUCAAUCUAAUGGUAGUGCUUGUCAACCGGCAUAUCAAAAUAGUAAUCGAUAUCAAGUCAGACCAAGCAAUGGGUAUCAAGGAAGUCGAUACAAUGCUAGACAAAAUGGAUAUAGUAAUGGUCAAAGCAGUCAAAAUGUAUAUUCAAUGCCACCAACAUUCAUCAUGCCAUCAGGUGGACAUACCGAUUCCGGGAUACAAAGCCUCGUCAAUAACAAGUUCUUCCAAACAAACCGACCACCUCCGAAUACAGGAGCUUGUGCUUAUCAAUCAAUGGGAUAUGGGCAGUUCCAAGCUGUGCCGCCAUAUGGUUAUCCUUAUCCACCAACACAGGUACAACAGUGACGCAUUAAAUGGAAAUCAGCGGCCAUUCAAGCUAAGUAAAGUAAUUUCUCUAUUAUCCGUUUCUCUUUCCCAAAUAAUAUUUAUCAAUUUGUGUCGAAUGAUGGGUUUUUUUUUGGGUAAUAUUCUUAAUGUACUUUGUUUGUUUCACACUCGCAUGAAAUGAUGCUGAUUAAGAGGAGAAAACGACUUCAACUUUUUUUCUUAUGCACCAUUUUUACGUCGACAAAUGUUAGAUUAUUUAAAGUCUAAUCCAGUGAUUUUAAUAGAUGAUGAGUUUCUAAGGAAAAUUCAUUAUAAUUAACAAAAAAAAAUUAAAUAGCGUAUAAUUACAUUUGAAAUUUAUUCACUGUCAAAACGUAAUACAAACAAUAAAUUGGUUUGAUCCGAAGCUCAUUUCAAGCGAGUAUUAAGUAAUAAAUAGUUCUUUAGAGAAGAUAGAAAGUAAUAAUAUCAGUUAUAUUCAUAGCUUAUGAUCACAAAGGUAGAUAACAUUGAUCACAUCUCUUUAUGGUAAUUUAACGAUAAUCUUGUAUUGCGAUAACUAUAUAUAAAAUUAUAAUAUGUAUGUGUAUACAUAUAUACAUAUAUAUAAUAUAAUUUUAUUUAUGUGUGUGUGUAUAUAUAUAUAUAUACAUAUAUACAUAUAUAUAUAUAUAUAUAUACAAACAAAACUUACCUGUAUGCUAUUCUGAAAUGCACGAAACAUAUAGAAGGGGGGAGGGUGGGUAGGUAGAGUCGAUAAUUUAUAAUUUAUUUAAUACUUUGCGUACAUGCAGGUGAUGCUCUUCAAAAAGUAAGGCCUUUUGCAUAAAAAUUAAGCCGUGCACCCUUGCAAUUGAAAUACGAUAUAUGUAUUGAAAAAAAUAAAUGAAUAAGAAACUUCACUGAAGAUGUAAUUUUCUUAGAUACAAAAGAUAGGAUGAAAAAGUACGAUUGAACGUCGGGGAGAAAAUAGGAGGAAAAAGUGAUUAAUAAAUAAAAAAAAGGGGAGAUUAAUAUAUCAUUAUAAAAAUAUAUCGUGCUUCGAUGGAUUCAUAACGUUAUUAUACACAGAGGCAGCAAAGGGGGGGUAUGGGUUUUUAGGUGUUAGAAGUAAUUGAGCGCGUAGUCACUAUGGCUGUGCACUUUGGAACAAAGUUCGAUAUCUUAUUUUUAUAUAUAUAUAUCAAAAAUAAUUUGUUGUUAAGCCAACGAAUGAUUAUAUGAAACAUUGUUGUUUGAUGUUUAUGCAAUUGGCCACCGAGUGGUCUUGCCUUUGCGCGUCAUCGUACGGGGCACGCGUUGGUUAGCCGCAAUCCAUGAGAUUUUCAAUCGUACAUGUUUUUUAGUUUGCGUGUCGAAAUCUUUCGCACAUCACUUUCAACUUUGGGGGAAAAGAAUUAAAAAAAAAAAAAAAAUAAAGAAGAAAACAUAAACAAAGAAAAAGAAACUAAGCAAACUACAAAAAAGGGACACUACGACAUUUUUAUUACUAAUGUAAAUGUUUGAUAAACUGUAUGAGGUAUGCCACUACCUUUAACGUAGUAGGUAAUAAGUGUAAACAAUAUACGAACGUAAGUGUUGUAGCGUUUAAAGUUACUCUAGCGAAAAACAAACCGUAUUAGAAAUUCGCAACAGCAUAGGAGGCAAGUUUUGCAAACCUGCGGAUACUCGAUAAAAAAAA